AUGACCUCCCAUCCCCCUCUACCUGGCAACAAAUUUCGCACCGCAAACAAAAAGCCAGACAAUCCCUUAUCCCCACCCCCUGGCUCCUCUCCUCUCCCCCAGCCCCGUCCCAUUACCGAAUCCUACGACGCUACAUCACUUUCCACCGCGCUCCGUUCCCACGAACUCACCGCUCUCGAAGUAACCAUCGCGUUUUGUAAACGCGCGGCCAUUGCUCAACAAGUAUGUAAUUGUCUGACCGAGAUAUUUUUCUCCGAUGCUAUCGCUCGUGCAAAAUGGCUUGAUGCCGAGUUUGCGAGGACGGGGAAGGUAAUUGGUCCUUUACAUGGUGUACCUGUGAGUUUGAAAGAUACGUUUAAAGUAAAGGGAUAUGAUGCUUGUAUUGGAAUUGCUUCUUUGGCUGAAAAUCCCUCUGUGGAGAAUUCGUUACUUGUGGAUAUAUUGUUAGAAGCUGGUGCAGUACUAUAUUGUAAGACGAAUAUACCGCAAACGUUGAUGGCGUUGGAUUCGGAUAACCAUGUAUUUGGACGAGUCUUAAAUCCGAGAGAUAGACGGCUCACUGCUGGAGGUAGUUCGGGAGGCGAAGGAGCGCUGAUUGCAAUGAGAGGAAGUGUGUUGGGGGUAGGCACCGAUGUGGGUGGUAGUAUUAGGAUACCAGCUAUGUGCAAUGGAUUGUAUGGGAUCAAGCCGAGUGCUCAAAGAAUACCUUAUCUGGGACAAGAAGGUGGCCAACGACCUGGAGCAUCGAAAAUUGGACUACCUGCCAGUGCAGGACCGAUCGCGAGGAGUGUGAGGGAUUGUGAAUUAUUUUUACAAGUGGUAUCAGAUUCGAAACCAUGGGAACGAGAUCCAGAUGUAGUGUAUGGAAUGUGGAAGGAGCAGGGUACGGUUCAAAAGAAAGAGAAAUCAGUAUUUGGUGUUAUUAGAACAGAUGGGGUAACGUCACCACUUCCUCCCAUCACCAAAAUCCUCAACGAAACCGUACACAAACUCCAAGCUGCCGGUCACUCAAUAGUUGAGAUUGAUGCGUCUGCAUUCAAGAAAUGUCAAUCGCUCGCCAAUCAAUUCUUCGGCAUCGAUGGUGCAAACUACAUGUUUGAUCUUCUUGAACAAACAUCCGAACCACUUAUCCCCUGGUUAUCCACACGUCUGAGACGGAAAUCCCCAGUUGCUCUCCCGAAACUUGUGGAUAUUCAUGCCAAGAAAUCCGAAUUAGAAAGGGAAAUGUUGAAAAUUUGGAAUGAUGCUAAGAUGGGUACAAUCGAUGCUAUUAUUUGUCCCGUGGCUCCGCAUCCUACACCACCGAUUGAUAGCUGGAAUGCUACAGGUUAUACGAGUAGCUUUGUGUUAUUGGAUUAUCCAUGUGGAACGUUACCGGUGCGAGAUUUCCAGGAGACAGACUUGGAAGAAGACUUAGUAGAGAAGGUGGGAGGAAGUUGGGAUAAAGCUAAUAGAGAGUUAUGGGACAAGAAAACAAUCGAUAGAAGUGUAUAUCUUGAAUCGACACUUUGCGUUCAAGUCGUUGCACCGAAAAUGCAGGAAAGGAGAUUGGUAGAGGCAAUGGCUGUUAUUGAUGGUGUUCUACAUGCAGAGCAACUCGGAGUGAAAGCGAAGUUGUAG